UUGUAAUUUCUUAACCCUCUUCGAUUUCGAAUGAUGAACUGGAUUUUGCAAAGCUAACAGGAAGCGAUCCAGGCCUGCUGACGUCACUUCCCUUAAUGAAGGAGUCAUUCUGAGAUUCAGCAGGGUCGAGUGUAUUAUUAUUACUACAGACAUGAGACUGAAUUUAGUAUUAGCUGUCACUCUGAUGUCCAUCCCCAUGGCACUUGUGCAAGGGGCUGAAAAGAAAAAACUACAGAUUGGAAUCAAGAAAAGAGUGGACAACUGUCCUAUAAAGUCCCGAAAGGGAGACGUGUUGAACAUGCACUACACUGGGAAACUGGAGGAUGGGACAGAAUUUGACAGCAGUAUACCGAGGAAUCAGCCCUUCACCUUCACUCUUGGCACAGGACAGGUCAUCAAGGGCUGGGAUCAGGGUUUGUUGGGGAUGUGUGAGGGUGAGAAGAGGAAGCUGGUUAUUCCCUCUGAGCUUGGUUAUGGCGAUAGAGGAGCACCGCCAAAAAUUCCAGGUGGUGCCACGCUCAUCUUUGAAGUAGAGCUGUUGAGCAUUGAGCGAAGAUCUGAUUUAUAAUGACAGAUCUGUGGGGCUGUCAGUCUUUAGAAUCAGUGUUUUUGCAGCAAGAUCAACGACUGCAGCUGCUCCACUGCUGUACUGGUGUCAAAGGUGUCUGUGAAAUCAUUUAUUCACUGUCGCGUCAUUCCAAAGCUGUAUGACUGACUUUCUUCAGUAGAACAUACAAGAAAAUAUUUUCAAGAAUGCUGAUAGCUAAAUGAUUUCAGAUUCCAUUGACAUUGAAUAGAAUGGAAAUCAAUGGAACAAGAUCAUUCUGAAUAUUCUUCAAAUUAUCCUCUUUUGUGUUAUAUAGAAAAACAAAGUCCUACAGGUUUGAAUGACAUGAGUGUGAGUACGUGACAAGAGUUUUCAUUUUUGGGUAGAUGAAUACCUUUAAAGACCUUUUUCAGAUAUAAAAAAAAAAAGUUCUGUAACAACACUUAGAUUUUUUUGGGUUGUUUCUCCUUUCAAAAAAGAAUGACACAGCUUUUCAGACAUGUAUGUAGCACCAUUGUUUAUUUGAGAGCCUUACUACACGUAUUUGGUUGUGAGAGUGCACACAGUACAGGUUCUGCCAUUCCAACAAGUUCUUGGUCACUUGAAAAUGAAUAAACUUUUUAUUUACAAAAGA